AAGAUAUAGGUUUAGACCACCUACAAUUUAUUUUGUUCUGGGCCUUAUUGCUGCAACGUUUGAGAGGCCAACAUUGAGGAAUAAACCACUGGAGCCAAUUAUGCAGCUUCUUUGCGCUUUACGUUUUUUUGCUACAGUUGCAUUCUACAAUUGUAUCGGUGAAACACUUGGUGUUACAAAAGCAUCUGUAGGGAGAGCUAUCGAUAACGUAAGCGAUGCAAUAUGCAGACUUGGCCAGGACUGGAUAGUUUUUCCAGUUGGACAAACACUAGCCACGGUGCAACGGGCAUUCCAUGACAUUGCAGGAUUUCCAAAUGUAGCAGGAUGUAUCGAUGGCGUCUUCGUCAGAAUACAAGCACCAAAGGAGGACGAGCAGGAUUUUGUUAACAGGAAAGGUUUCCUUUCCCUGAAUUGCCAGAUGACCUGUGAUGCAAGCUAUAAAAUAACAAGCUGCGUGUGCAAAUGGCCAGGAAGCUGCCACGAUUCUAGGAUGCUUCGGGAUAGCAACAUCAACAACAAAUUUGAGACGGGUCAAUACAAUGGAAUACUACUUGGAGAUUCUGCAUAUCCAACAAGAAGAUUCCUGAUGACCCCGUACAAUAAUCCAACAACACCACAACAACAGCGGUUUAAUAAUGCUUUGUGCAAGACCAGAGUGAGGAUUGAGCAGACAUAUGGAAUCCUGAAAAGGAGGUUUGCUUGUCUUCACUCUGGUCUUAGAGUUGACCCCAACAAGGCAGCAAGAAUCAUAACAGCAUGUGCAGUUUUGCACAAUAUUGGCAUAUACCAAAAUGACAUUAUCAACAUUGACGAUGAUCAUAUUAUAAACGUAGGAGACCACCCAAUCAGUUUUAAUGGUGUAAAUGAUGGCAACGCUACAAGGGACCACAUCUGUACGUCUUUCUUUUAG